AAAAGCGCUGGGCCUCUGAUCUCGGAUCUCAGCUACAAUGUUCUCCACACGGAUUCUGCAUCUGGUUGGAUUCGCUCUGCUGGUCAGGGGGGACACCAGUGAUGAAAACUGUCCUCAUCAUGAAGUCAAGCCUGGGAAAGAAUCUGCAGUGCUGGAUUCAUUGCGGUGCCACAAUGACUACAUGAGCUAUGCACAGUGCACAUGGGAGGUCGAUCCACAAGUUCAUCCACAGAAAAACACACAUGAAUUGUACUACUAUGACGAAAGUAUAGAUGAAGAAACACAUUGCGUCUCAAAUGCAUCCGGUGUGCUCUUAUCCAAUGGGAAGAUCUCUCACGUGUGCCGCUAUAACUCUGAGAGGUUUAGCUUACAUACAAGUCACAUUCUAUACUUCAAAGUACCCUGUGUGCACAGAUCCACAACUCUCAGAGUUGCUCAGCAUGGAAAAGUUAGGGCCCCAGUUGAUUUGACAGAGAGGGAGCCUGAUGGUGGAGGUCGUCUGCUGUCCUGGAGAAGCCCGUAUUCUGUAUCCUCAAAUAUCACAGGAACUCUUGUGUACCAGCUUCAGUAUCGCAGAAACAUGCAUGACUGGACUAUUGUGGAUAACAUCAAUGCUUCUGAGUAUAUGAUUGACAAGGAGUCACUGUUGUCUGGUUACCAUUAUCAAGCCAGAGUGAGGGCGCGAGGUCCCGUGGGACUCUGGAGUGACUGGAGCCCCCUGGUGUCCUGGAAGACUCACAAUGAUGGAGUCUUUAACCUACAGUGCGUGAUAGCAGGAGAAACGAGUGUGACGUGUACCUGGCAAAUGAAGACCGAACAUUAUCAGUUUAUGUCUUAUCAUCUCUGGUGCAGUCAUAGUGAUAGUCCCUCCAUUUGUUGUGAAGGUCCUGAGCUGAAGUCGAGAGACGUUGAGCUUUCCGAGUUCAUGUGUUCUGUAAAUACCACUGACCCUUACCUGUUAACAGUGGAGCUGAGACCAGUGUACUACUCUAGGGAGUUCAGUACUUCAAAACACAUUAAACUUUCACAACCUGACCAGAUCCAUGUGAAGGAAAGCAAUGGCGUUUUCAUACUGAACUGGUCUAAACCAGUUGUUGCCAUAGAUAUUAAGUUCUCCAUCGAGCUAAAAAUCUCGUCCAAUGAGACAUCAGAAAUUUGUGCCCUUUCUGGAGAGGAGAGCAAUUUUAACACUUCAGUUAUGGAUCUAGAUCCUUCUGAAUACCAGGCCCAGAUCAGAUUGCUGCCUAAACCUGAUGUUAUUUAUGUUGUUGAGCCAUCAGAAUGGUCGCAUCCAGCGGUGUUCACUAUUAAGCCAGUUUCAUCGCCCAUCAUCCCUGUAAUCUACAUUUUGUCUGCUGUGUUUGUGGCCGUGCUUUUUUUCGUCACCUUGUACAGCGGACUACCAGUCUUAAACAGAAGGAUCAAGAUUUGGAAAGGAUCGAUACCAUCACCCAUUAAGAGCAAAGUGCUGGAGGGGAUGAUGAAGAAGACUCCCGGUGGAUGGCCAAAUCUCCAGAGCGAGAAAGAGACAACCUCCAUCUGUGUACUACUGGCUGCAGACAAUGUCAGUCUCUGCAAAAGCAGUGUCUCUUGGGAGCCGCUUUUGUCACACAGUGAAGAUGCUGUUAAAAUAGCAGGGUCAGGUGGAUCAAACCACUUGCACGCCUAUGUGGGGGACAGCAUGUGCAAAGACAAAUCAGGCUUGAACUUCAGCGGGCCUUAUAUUCUGUGCUGCGAGGAAUCCUGCACCCAGGACAAAUUACCUGACGGCUGUAUGGACAGAAAUCACAAGUGCGUGUUGAGAAAGUCUGAGAGUUUUGCUCCAGAAAAUGGAGGCUGCGUUGUAACUCCUCCCACCUCCAUGCCAGCAACUCAAAACACCGACCCUGUCAACAGCCCAACCGAUAACCCUUCAGAUGAACCCCCUGCAUACACCCCCAGCCCAGAUCAGGGUUGUAUGGUCCUCCCUCAUCCAUCCGGCUACUUCACGAUGCCAUGUGUCGUCACGGCCUAGUCAGAGCUGAGAGGAUACGUGACGAUCACACAUUCUGGAACAUAACGAUCAAAGACUCAAUGACUGAUAGUUUGGUUUAAAAAAAGAAGGGCCUACAGAGGGGAAGCCAGAGAUGGAUGUCCAGGACUAAGCACAAUGAAUGGAGCACAGUGAAUGUAGUUCAGAUAUGUUGCUUUAUAUAAACUGUCACGUUAUAAGCAAUGUCUGAUGAAUGUCGGAUGAAUGUUUCACAUGCUCAUAAUGAAAGGGGGUGAAAGACACAUUGGAGCUUCAGUAGGACUUACUGUGUUGAAGCUGUUGUACUGUGACAGUCUCACCAACAGAUGGCAGUGUUGCUUUAAAUGAAUGUAAGAAUUUAUUUUUUCUUUCCUCAGUGCAAACCGUGGAAAGCAAACAACUACGGUGGCCGAGAGAGCUCAACGUGCUGCAACUUCAGAAAACACACGCAAAUAGAAGAAGCACCAGCAAAUCAAGAAAACAUCUUCAUCAGUUUGACAGCAGAUGACACAAAUGCUCACAACGCAAACAAAUAAAGAAACGCACUGGCACAGCAAAUGCUCACAACAACACAACCAAAUAAUUGCAGCGCGUUUCUUUAUUUGGUUGCGUCGUGAGCAUUUGCAGCGCGUGUGUUGUCAAAUUGAUGAAGUUGUUUUCUUAAUUUGCAGGUGUUUUUUAUUAUUAUUAUUUGCAGUGCGUUUCUUUAUUUGGUUGUGUUGUGAGCAUUUGUAGCACGUGUGUUGUCAAAUAGGUGAAGUUGUUUUCUUAAUUUGCAAGUGUUUUUUUUCUGUUUGCAGCGCGUUGAGCUCUCUCGACCACCGUAAACAAUGCAUUAGUCGAAAAUGAAUGUUUUUCCACAGCGCCUCACAUACUUACUGCAUUGAAUGUCCUUGCUUCUUCACAGUUUUUGCACUUAAUUCAGCUUGGCAGACACUGGCAGCCUCAUUCACUAACUGGGUACGCAGGUAUUUGUGAGCAAAAUCUGCUUAGGAACGUUUUCACGCAGAAAUCACAUUCCAUCAGUGAGUUUCAAAAACCGAUUGAAUCCACAAAAAAGCAAAACAAAUAAAUAAAUAAAUCACAUAGGCCUAUGUAAAGUAGUUUGUAAAGGCAGUUUUAAACUGCAUUAGGAAAAAAAAACGACUACAAAAACUAGUCUACAAACGUUUGAAAUAUUUUGGGAAUGAACAAGUUAAUUAAACUUACAGAGGUUGUGUGUACUAUAGGCUAAUACAAAAAUAGUUUGCUGUGUUUACACUGCUUUUGAGAAUGGUGUUGUUUGAUUCACACUAAUAUCAUACUGCACGUGGUCUCAAGUGAGAGUGCGGUUGAACAGGAGCAAAUUUACUUUUUAGUGAAUGGGGCGCUUUUGUGGUGCUGUUUUGGAUUUUUGCAAACUUUAUACUUUUUAAGACAUUUAAAAUUAAAGUUUGGAAAUCUUUUUUUGACUUAGGCUACAUUGCGAAUUGCUGUUGUGUGGAAAACAUUAAAACUAUUUAUGUGCUGAGGCAAAAAACAGUUUCAGGUUGAUCAUGAGCUGGCACACCCGAAAAAAAAGAAGCAGCUUAUAGCUGUCUCUAGUUUAGGAAAAAGUAUUAAAGUGUUUAUUUUCUUACGCUGGUGUGAUUGCUAGGGUAAUAAAGAUUUAGCUGAA